CAGACGCACACGCGCGCACACACAUAUGAACUGCAACCUGCUGAUUCCUGUUAGACCGUCACACGCAGCCUGCAGGAGAAGGUGGCUGUGAUUGAGACCAGUUCAGCUUUCAGAAGGCGGUGCGCAAUUUGGGAUAAUCGCUUCGCUUGGAGAGCUGUUUGCGUAAAAUGGCCCAUUUUAGUGGAGUCGUUAUUCUUUUAUUGGUGAACUUCGUAUCAAACGGUGUCUUUUGACCGACUUCCCCGCGGGCGCUCUCCACACUUUCACAUGGUGCACUUUAUCCCGAAGCACCACGGCAGCGCGCUACGGGAAUCCGAAAUGAAAGCAUCACCGACCCUCCUGUGCGCAUUUGGCUUUAGGAAGCUUUUCAAAUGGCUUGACACGCAACUCUUUCCACACUUCUGAUCUGUGGCUGGGACGGACAACAGCUUUGGACGGACUUUUGUUCGUUGUUACGCUCAUUUCGGGUUUGGAUCAGUCGACUCGGACACACUCGGGACUCCGGAGCGAGAUCUCAGCGGGGACAGCAGGGACAGCACCAUGACCAGCUGCUGGCUCGCCCUGAUCGGAUUGUGGUGGAGCGCGUAUAACUGCAUGUUCCCGGUGGCGGGGAGUAAUUAUUCGCUGGAUGGGAACAACGAGGUGCACCCGGGGUUCAUCCACCGGCGGCUGCGGACGCACGAGAAGCGGGAGAUGCAGAAGGAGAUCCUGUCCAUCCUCGGGCUGCCGCAGCGACCGAGACCGCAUCUGUCGCUCGGGAAGUACAACUCCGCUCCGCUUUUCAUGUUGGACUUGUACAACACGAUCUCCAGCGACGAGAAGAGCCAGGUGGAGGGCAUGCUGGAGCGGUAUCAGUCCGCGCGGUCGACGCAGAGCCCUCAUCUGGCCACAUAUCAAGAAACUGCCUUUCUGAAUGACGCGGAUAUGGUGAUGAGCUUCGUCAAUUUAGUGGAGCACGACAGCGAGCUCUCCCCACAGCGGCGUCACCACAAGGAGUUCAAGUUCAACCUCUCGCAGAUCCCCGAGGGCGAGGCCGUCACCGCGGCGGAGUUCCGUCUCUACAAGGAGUGCGUGAGCCGCACCUUCCGCAACGACACCUUCCUACUCAAAGUCUACCAGGUGGUCAAGGAGCACCCUGACAGAGAGCCAGACCUGUUCUUGCUGGAAUCUCGCAACCUGUGGGCGGCUGAGGAGGGCUGGCUGGAGUUUGACAUCACCGCCACCAGUAACCUGUGGGUGAUGAGCCCAAUGCACAACCUGGGCCUCCAGAUCAGCCUGGAGACCAGCAGCGGACAGAGCAUCACUUCUAAAGAGGCGGGGCUCGUAGGACGCGAUGGUGCCCUGGAGAAGCAGCCUUUCAUGGUGGCGUUCUUCAAAGUCAGUGAAGUGUACAUCCGCACCGCCCGCUCCACUGGCGGCAAACGUCGCCAGCAGCAACGCAACCGGUCCACGCAACCACCGGACGGAUCCAGAGGGCUCAGCCUCACAGAUUACAACAGCAGCGAUCAGAAAACAGCCUGCAGACGGCACGAGCUCUACGUCAGCUUCCGGGAGCUGGGCUGGCAGGACUGGAUCAUUGCUCCGGAAGGCUACGCAGCCAACUACUGUGAUGGAGAGUGCUCCUUCCCCCUGAACGCCCACAUGAACGCCACCAACCACGCCAUUGUGCAGACACUGGUGCACCUAAUGAACCCCGAGAACGUACCGAAGCCGUGCUGCGCCCCCACCAAGCUGCACGCCAUCUCGGUGCUCUACUUUGACGACAACUCCAACGUCAUACUGAAGAAAUACAAAAAUAUGGUGGUACGGGCCUGUGGCUGCCACUGACUAAUUCAAGGACCAAUAAUAUUUGAACUGAUAUAAAAAAAAAGGGGUGG